AUCCGAUUAGUGGCGCCCUAUCUACAUCCGAGAACUACACUACGUAUAUUAAUUGCACCCCUUUCACAAGUCCUCCCCAGCACCAUCCCACCCAAAAUGUCCUCUACGACCCCACCCCCACCCAAAUCCUUCACCACCCAAAUCCUCACUAAAUCAGACCUCCUCUCCCAACCCACCCUAAACAACGCCACCAUCUCCCUCAUCAACGCCGCCUUCUCCACCCACAAAUCCCGUGACCCAGACGCCUGGGACAACACCAUCUCGCGCUUCCCGCCCAGCGCCCGCCCCGUCGACCCCGGUCUCGCCAACGUCCUAGGCGCCGACGGAUUGUGCGCGAUCGUCUGCGACGCCGAGACCGGAGCCGUCGUCGCUUCCGCGUCUGUGACCCGCUGGCCUGGUUUCAGCGCUGUGAAAACCGACGGUGCUGCGGAGGAUGCGGCUGAUGGUUCUGCAUGGCUGGAUUGGGAAGUCAAAUGCGUAGCGAGCCUCGAUCAGGCUGAGUACCGCGGGCAAGGGGUUGCGAGCCGCGCGUGUGCUGCGGUUGAGGAAGCGUUGCGAGCGCGGAUGGUGGGAGGGGGUGAGGGCCUGCGGAUGUGGAUUAUGUGUAAUGAGGAGAGGAUCGGGGCGUAUUGGCGGAGAAGGGGGUAUGGUGAUGUUCUGCAGAUGGUACCGCCAGUGGGUGCGUGGGGGAGUAGGCGGGAGUUUGUAGUUGCGAUCCUUGUGAAGGAGAAGGGUGGGCACGUUGAGGUGGAUAAGGGGAGGCUGAGGGAGUGGUUAGAGGGUCUAUUUGAGGUAAAGGGGAAGUGAAUGUGUGGGUGAUGGCCUGCUGCCGUGAGAGUUAGAGCCGCAUAUCUUUCGUUUCGACCAUUUACUCUUAGUUGUGCACUUCAGGCGGCAGUAGAUUGUUCAGAUGGCAUAUAUCAAAUUAUUUCUGUCACCUUCCGAAAGCGAACUACCCAGGCCUCCUCCCCCUCCCGUAAGACUGCAGGUUC